CCAUGUUCGGCUCUCUUUCACUAGUUUCACGGAUCUAUCGUAGUCCCUCCCUAAUUCCUCAGUCUUACGCUCCAUCUCCCCGGUUUCCUAUCGGUGCCGUUGUUCAGGAGGAACUCAUCGAGUCAUAACUUCUAGCGGUUCGGAUCAGACAUCGGCGGCGGCGCCCCCUCGUCCGAUAAAGAAGCUCAGGCUUAAAGUUUAGGAUAGGCGCUUGUCUCUCAACUGAAGUGGAGUGAAUGGAAGAGGAAGAGCCUUUCUCGUCUGUUUACAGUGCUGGAAAAACCUUGAAGCAAUGUGAAUCCAUGAUUCAAAAGGGCCUCCAAACUCCAAUUGUAAGAUUCUUGAGGGAACGCUUGGAGGAAGCUGGGUGUCCUGUGGCAAACAAUUUCUUCAGAGCUGUAAAUUGUGAGGCAAAUAUAAGUGGUGGUUACAUUCGUGGUAAAGGGAUUAUAGUGUGCAUGAAUAAAAUAGAUCAACAAGAUGAGGUCAACCAAGUGUUAGCUCAUGAGCUGAUUCAUGCAUAUGAUGAUUGCCGUGGUGCUAACUUGGAUUGGACUAAUUGUGCUCAUCAUGCUUGCAGCGAGAUCCGAUCCAAUCACCUAAGUGGAGACUGUCAUUACAAACGGGAACUACUGCGAGGUUAUUUGAAAAUACGUGGCCAUGAACAAGAAUGUAUAAGACGAAGAGCUAUGGCAUCGUUGUCUGGAAAUCCUAAUUGCUCUGAAGCAGCCGCCAAGGAUGCUAUGGAAGCUGUUUGGGAUGUUUGUUACAAUGACACACAGCCCUUUGACAGAGCUCCAUAAGUUCAGUGGCGUUGGGGCUUGCCAGCUCUAUGGAAUGAUUGUUUUGAUUUGUUUUGGAUAAUUUUUAUCUGAGGUAGUAAUGCAGGAAUGUUAUUUACCAAUGUAAAAUGAAAUGUCCAUCAUUCUACAAAAUUCAUUAAGUUGGCUAUAUUCCCCCAUAAAGUUGGGUUUCACAAUUCAAAAAUGGUGAAUAUUAUUACAUAUAGAGAAGUUCUAUUUUCUUCUCUUUCUCAAA